GAUGAAGGAUUUUAAUCCAACUUGUAUGUUUGAAGACAUUUUGAAAUGUAGAUGCUUGCUUGGCUCCAUGGUCUCUCACAUUUUUGCUUGAUUGAUAGCAUAUACACUGCUGUUUAAACGAUGUUUAAUGCUUAUGCUAAGGGAUGCAGUUAUAAAUCUAGAGGUCAUCUCUAGUGAUGGUAAUGUAGGAGAGUUCACUGUUUUUAUCCCAAACUGUUGCACAAAGAUUAUUGAUGUUAACUUGGGUCUGGCUACUCUUGUACUUGCUGAAAUGAUGAGAUGUGAUAUUAAUUUGAACUCAAUCAAGCUAUAUUUGUGUGACCAUGUUGCAGCAUCAGCAACUGCAAGCAUCUCCUGCCAAUGUAUUUGUAGAAUUAUGGAUGAUUGUAAUUAUGGCAUUGUAAAGUUUAAGUUGUUGGUUGUGUUGUGCAGUCUUAUCAACUCUAAACGUAUUGCACAGUCGUACUUUUAUUUAUUUGAAGUUUGUAAUAUUAUGAUACAGGAAUACCGGAUACCUAUCACAUGGAUGAUGAAUUAUCAUGAAUGAUGUAGUUGGGCUUCUUUAAACCAACUAAAUUCAUGUUUAUUUCCUAUUACAGGGCUGAAUCAUGAAUGAUCAAAUGAUGUAAUUAGGCUUUUCUAAGCCAACUUAACUCUUGUAUGAUAUGACAAGAAAAUAUGCUUAA